AUGUCUUUUGCAUUUGGAACACCGUCUAGUGCUCCCGCGACUUCAAGUCUUACGGAAGGUUUCAGUUUUGGUGCCAAUAAGCAAGCAACGCCUGGCUUCGGUCUAACAGCCACAUCUCAACCAUCUACGGGACUGUUCGGAACUCCUGCGGCAUCAGCAGCCCCAACUUUUGGCACUCCCGCGUUUGCGUCCACGACGCCUGCGUUUGGGGCUACAUCUGUGGCGCCAGGUUUCGGCUCGACGACGACCCCCGCGUUUGGUUCGACCCCAGCGUUCGGCACCACACCUGGGUUCGGUGCUAGCUCGGUUCUACAGCAACAGGAGCAUUUGGUGCCACAUCAGCAGCACCAACCUUUGGUGCCACCACCUAGCCCCCAGGAUUUGGCACCCCUGUACUUGGAACAGGUGGUCUUAAUUUUGGAGCCGGCACGAACACAGGAACCCCUGCUACAGGAUUAUCCUUUGGUACGCCGGCAACAACAGCAAGCACUGGUCUCUGGAGGGGGGCAGUGGGGUUUGGGUUCGGAACAACCACAUCUCAAAGCACCGGGUUUGGUCUCUUAG